UCCUGUUAUAGUUUCCCCUAAAGGCGAUAGCAAGGAGUCUCUCUUCGCCAUUGCCACCGGCACCCACCUCCACCCACGGCGACGGAGACGAAGUAGAUCCCUUGUCCGUCGAUGUUCAAGCUAGGGAGGGGUGCCGGAGCGGGGCGGGGGAACGGAAAGCGCCCCUUGCCUGCUCCGCCCCCGACAACCCUCCACCGCCCCGGCGCCGCCCCGGGCGGGCGCCUGCCGAUCGGGGCCUCGGCCGCCGCGGCGCGGAGCCGCCCUGGCGGUACGUCGGUUGCCCCCUCCGCGCCCGCGCGCGAGGAGACCUUCAGCCUCGAAUCCGGAGGCGGCCCGCCCGACUUCGCGGCGAUUAUUCGGCUCACGCCUGACCUGGUUGAUGAAAUCAGGCGCGUGGAGGCGCAGGGAGGGAUCGCCAGGAUCAAGUUUGACUCGAACUUUAACACCUCGGGAAACGUCAUAGAUGUUGGAGGUAAAGAAUUCAGUUUUACAUGGUCAAGGGAACUUGGAGAUCUUUGUGAUAUUUACGAGGAACACCGAAGUGGAGAGGGUGGACAUGGAUUGCUUGUUGAAAGUGGCUCUGCAUGGCGCAAGUUGACUGUUCAAAGAAUCCUAGAUGAGUCCACAAAGAACCAUGUAAAAAUGCGGUCGGAGGAGGCUGAACGCUUAUCUAAAUCUCGGAAGGCCAUAGUAUUAGACCCUGCAAAUCCAUCUGUGAAAAAUCAGGCCAAAACAUUUGCUGCUGCUGCUGUUGAGGGUAGUAUGCGAAGAAUGAAUUGGAAACAGAAGAAGGAGUUUUUUAAAAAGCGGAAGACCGACUCAAAUCAAGUUUCCCAUAUUGGUCCUUCCAGACCUGUUGUGAAGUCUGUAACAGCAUCAAACAACAAUAAAGGCAGACUUUCAGUGUCACCACUUCCUUCACCUCCUGAGCAACAUGUACCUGGGACUUCUGGUUCAACUUUUGGAAUUAGCACUUCAUUGAAAGGCCAGAAACAACAUGAUGACAAUAUUCCCUCCUCAAAUAUAAACAAAGAGGAAUCUGGGAACUUUAAGGAAGUCCCUAGCAGGGUUUCAAGUGGUGUUAAGCAUGAUGCAAGUGGGCAUGCAGUUCAAGUUGGUGAUCAAUUACAUGAUUUGCGUCACCUUCUGAUCACUGUACUGUCCGAAAAUCCCAAAGGAAUGAGCUUGAAGGCUUUGGAGAAAGCAGUGGGAGAGAGAGUUCCAAACUCUGUUAAGAAGAUCGAGAGUGUCAUAAAACAUAUUACCAUUUGCCAAGCCCCAGGCAGGUACUUCUUGAAACCUGGAGUGGAGUUGGAAAGCUCCAUUGCACGAGCACCUGAAAGCGGGAGCUCUCCCGAGAGCUCACAUGACCAUACUGAAGCAGUGGUAGCCGAUGUGGAGAAAGCCUUGGAAGAGAAAAUUGAGCAUGAAACUAAUUCAAACUUAAAUCCAGAAGAAGAACUAGAUAUUACUGGAAAUAUUGACACGGUAGGAAGUUCUCAAGAUCCUUUUUCCAGUGAUAUGAAGGCCAAUAACGAUAGUCAAGUCCAAGCUUGCAGCUCUAGUGAAAGUGGAAGUGAUUCUGAAAGUGAUAGCGAAAGCAGUGGCAGUGGAAGUGACAGUGGUAGUCAAAGUAGGGCAAGCAGCAGUGACAGCGAGAGUGAUGGUUCCUCUAGCAGCAAGGAGGGAUCUGAUGUUGAUGUGGAUAUAAUGACUAGCGACAAUGAAAAAGAGGUGGUUGUUCACAAAGCUAUGACAACUGAAACUCUAUUAUCUUCCUCACCCAAAGCGUGGACCAUAUUUGGUGAUGAACAUGUAAAAAAUGAUGUUAGGAUGGAUCAAGAAGCUCAAGUUCCAUCACCACCUAUUGAUUUGAAUGAUUCUGAUAAGAUUGACCAGAUGACCGAAGUGGUAGAACCUAGCAAAUGCUUUCCGCCUAAUGGAAGUAAUGAAGCGUUUGAAAAUCUUGAAGCAAAUGCAAAUUUCCUUUUUUCUGAGAAGGGAGCAUCUACUUCACCUUAUCGAGGUAAGCAACUGGAGAGGCAGCAGAUGCCGUCAGGUAAUUAUUCUUUCAAUGAUGUAAAUGAGCAAGUCCUAAAGUCAAGUAACAAUGAGAGACAAACUACUCCAAAAGAUGGGUCUAAUCAUGAACCAUCAGAUAGUAGUAAAAAAGUUACCAAACAGAAGCCUAAAAGGGCUUUCACUUCAGAAUACUCCGAAGGGAGACCAGAAGGUGCUAAGAAAGCAAAGGUUGCAAGCUCUGCCCAAUUUAUGUCUUCGAGAAAGAGUGAAGAUGCUACCUUUUCAGGCGGUAUGCCGCAUGUCUCUCCUGAACGGCCCAGGCAUGAUGGGUACAAAGACCGUACAAUUGAGACACAGAAUUUUUUGCUCGGUGGUAAGAGUACAGAUAGUGAUUCACAGGAAUGCAGCCCAGCCAUGUACGGAAGAACUUUGGCACCAGGAAACUCAAGCAGAAUGCCUCCAAGCCCUGAUUUUGCAUCAGGUUUAGAUAAUAGGAAUAAAGGUUCAGAUUCAAUGGAGAAACCCAGCAGAUACAUUGAAAAAACUGGAAAAAAGUAUGCAGAAAUUACUCGUGAUAAUUUGGAUAGAGACUUACAUUUACGUGACAACUUUAAUUUAAAGGAGAAGAUGCAGAAGGAUAUCAGAAAUAAUAACAGUGAUGUGAAGGAGAGAUACUUUGCGAAAAAUGUUGGGGAAAUUAGUGGAGCUAAAUUUUCAGCCUUUCAUGAUUCUUGUCAGACAAAAUCUAGUGAGCACUUUGGCACGUCGAAGAUUAAUGGACAGCAAACUGGCAAGGAGAAAUCUGAUGGUGAAAGGUCUCAAAUUGUUGGUGGUAAGGGAAGUAUGCUCAGAAGAGAGCUUUCAGAUCUGGAAUUGGGCGAGUUUCGUGAAACUCCAAAAGGUGGAGAGGAAUCUGCAGUAGUUAAGAUACAACUGGACAGAAAAGGAUCUUUCAAGACAUUGGAGAAUAAGGUUCCUGCUAAUGAUGGCUCAGAUUUUGAAAAAAGCAAGGGAAGAGCUUCUGUUAAUUCAGAUCUAGAAAUAAGCAAGGGAAGAACUUGCAUUAGUGCUUCUCGUAAUCUGAAGAAGCAAUCACCAACAGGUUCUAGGGUUGCAGGGCAGGGGAACCAUGGACUUCAGAGGAGAGACCCAGCAGAAAGCUUUUCAGAUUCAGCACAGCCCGCACAGCCUCAGCCAAGAACAAUGGUUUGCCAGAAUGAGCAGUUGCCAGCAGUGGAUCAUGCCAAUUCUGAAGCUGCUUGUUGGGACAAAUCUGCAGAAACAGCUAGUAGAAAUGAGAAGCGGUCAGGCCAGAAAAUGGGUCUGGAAAACCAUUCAGGUGCUUACAAGAAAAUCCAUGCUAACAUGCUACAGCAUGAUAACAAGAAUAGUGGUCAAACUGGUCAGAACAAUGGAGAGUUAGCUCAGAAGUCAAAUGCAUCAGACCAAAGUAAGAAUAAUGUUUUGAUGGUGAAUGAUGGUAAUGACAGGAGUAGGAGGGACUCUUCUUCUGACGAGGAUAAUUUCUUUUAUUUAAAAUAUGACAAAGAUGAACCAGAACUUAGGGGUCCAAUCAAGGACCUCUCAGAGUAUAAACAAUAUGUCCAGGAGUACCGUGAGAAGUAUGAAGUAUACUGUUACCUGAAUAAAAACUUGGAGAAAAUUAGGAAUGUUUUCCUUCAACUGGGUGAUGAUCUUGAAAUUGCCAAAGGGCGAGACGUGAAGGAAUACUAUAAUGUUGUGGAGAAGUUGAGAGAAAUGUAUCACCAUUAUCAAGAGAGGAAUAGGCAGAUGAAGAAGGUCUUCAUAUUGCUGCAUGAAGAACUGAAGACUCUCAAGCAAAGAAUAAAGACCUUUGCUGAUGGCUACACAAAUGAAGACAUGAUCAGAAGUCGGAUGCUUAUAAAAGUUAAUAGUAAAUCCUCCAUGGACCCUCCACCUCUCUGCUACAAUCACCAUCUCCUCAAAAGAUUAUUGCAUAACCGAGCCUCUCGAAGAUCGAGAAGAGGCGAGAUUGGACAGGGUUGGUGGUUUCCGAAAUCCUCCCUUCGCUUUCCGCCUGAGAUGGAGACGUGGAGUUUCCCCGACGGCAACAUCGCCAAUCUUGUUGAGCGCAGGCAAAUCUUUGACUCGCACCAGGAUGUGAACCAGAGGCUGCAAGCACAUUCUUCUUUAAUGCAGAGGCUUGCUUUGGACAAAGAAAUGGAGGGCCAUCAGGGUUGUGUUAAUGCCAUUGCAUGGAACUCAAAGGGCUCACUUUUAAUAUCUGGAUCUGAUGAUACUAGAAUUAAUAUAUGGAGUUACAGUGACAGGGGGCUCUUGAAUAGUAUUGAAACUGGUCACUCUGCAAACAUAUUUUGCACAAAGUUUGUUCCGGAAACAUCCGAUGAACUAAUUGUAUCAGGAGCAGGAGACGCAGAGGUUCGACUGUUUAGUUUGUCUCAUUUAAGCAGGAAAAGAUCUGAAGAAGUUGCUAUAGAACCAGUAGCAGCUUACAAGUGCCACUCCAGGAGGGUGAAGAAGCUAGCUGUUGAAGCUGGAAAUCCUAAUGUCAUAUGGAGUGCUAGUGAGGAUGGAACCUUGAGACAACAUGACUUACGUGAAGUUUCUUCUUGCCCUUCUGCUGAAUCAUCAAAUCAGGAAUGCCGUAGUGUUCUGCUUGAUCUGCGCCGUGGAGCAAAAAAAUCAUUAGCUGAUCCACCUAAAUAUUGUUUGGUAUUGAAGUCCUGUGACAUUAGUCCCACCCGUCCUCAUCAGCUCCUUGUGGGUGGCAGUGACGCAUUUGCUCGGUUGUACGAUCGAAGGAUGCUUCCGCCGCUGAGCUCUGCUCAAAUGAGAAUGAAGUCACCUCCUUGUGUUAAUUAUUUCUGCCCUGUACACCUCUCUGAGCAUAGAAGGUCAAGCUUGCAUCUAACACAUGUAACAUUUAGUCCAAAUGGAGAGGAGGUGCUCCUGAGUUACAGCGGGGAGCAUGUUUAUCUAAUGGAUGUUAAUUGUGAUGACAAGAGCAUCAUGAGAUAUACUGCUGCUGAUGUUCCAAAACAUUUUUGUUUAGCUCGUAUAUCUGGAGAAUCAAAGCUGCCAUUACCACCAGCAGUGCCCUCUUCCUACCAAUUGAUGCACCGACUUGACGUAUACAGGAAUUUGGUUCAAGCCGCUGCUAGAAUACUGGAGGAGGGCUCAAAUAUUUAUUAUGGUAUUGAGGCAUGUAAUGAAGUGAUAGAUGGAAAAGGUCCUGAGGUUGGUCACUCAGUAAGGCAUGAGUGCUUGUGUAUUCGAGCAGCAUUGCUUCUGAAGAGGAAGUGGAAAAAUGACGUUUACAUGGCAAUGAGGGACUGCAACAGUGCUCGGAAAAUAAAUGCUUCAUCCUUUAAGGCACACUAUUACAUGUCAGAAGCACUUCUUCAGGUUUUCUGCCAAAUCAUGUUUUGAGUCUUUUUAGGAAGGAUUAUUUAUAAAUACAACUCUUAUAUGUCAUGCACAAAUUGGUUGCAGUUAGGAAAGCUAAAUGAAGCUUUAGAGUUUGCAGAGGUGGCAGGUAAUCUUGCUUCAUCAACCUGUGAAGAAGAGAUGGUGGCAACCAUAAAAGGUCAUCUUGUGGCAGCUGAAGCAGAGAGAGUAAAAAAAGAUAAUGAGGACACUGUUCGAAGUGAAACACGUCAUGGAAAGUUAAGAUCUUUAAGUGACGUGCUCUUUCGAGCAGAGCUGAAUAGCCCAUAUUCAGAAUCUCGUUAUGAAAGAGAAGACUCUGAUUAUGAGGAAGAGAUGGAGCUGGACUUUGAGACAUCAAUAUCAGGUGAUGAGGGCCGUGAUACUGAAUCAAGCAUCCUUCGAGGCAGUUUGAACUUGAGAUUUCAUCGAAGGGAUGACUCAGCAAGAGAAAGUAGCAGUAUUGAUGGUGCAGAAGGAUCACCUUCAUCAUCCUCUCAAAAUUACUACCAUACUCUUCAGCCUGAAGUUGCAAUUGAUAUGAAAAGAAGAUAUAUUGGUCACUGCAAUGUGGGGACAGAUAUAAAGCAAGCUAGCUUUCUUGGCCAACAAGGAGCUUUUGUUGCUAGUGGAAGCGAUGAUGGAAGGUGGUUUAUUUGGGAAAAAAGAUCAGGAAGACUGGUUAAAAUGCUUGCUGGAGAUGAGUCUGUUGUUAACUGCAUACAGUGCCAUCCAUUUGAUUGUGCUGUUGCGACAAGUGGUAUUGAUAACACAAUCAAAAUGUGGACACCACAUGCGCAAGUUCCUUCAAUGGUUGCAGGAGGAAUAGCAGGACCAGAGACUGCAGAUGUCUGGGGUGCUAUAGAAAUCAAUCAACGAAAAUUAUGCCGUAAUCGUGAACUUGUCCUGCCUUACGAAUUUUUGGAGCGCAUUAGGAUGCAUGAAUUUGCUGAAGGAACCUUGCAUCCUUUUGAGUGUGCGCAGAGCUAACUCGUUUGAUCUGAUAUUCUCUCAGGUACAUGCCUGGCAUUCACAUUGUGGUGCUUGUUUGAAUAAGAGAAUGAAAGUGAUAUGUGCAUAAGACGCUCUCUUCCGUACUUAUAUAAUACAGUUGGAUCAUUGCAAAAUGUUCUUGAGAAAUUCUGACUCUCAAGUGUGUGGUUCUUUUGUUUUAGUGUAAAUAUAGGUUUCUUUUGUUUAAAAAGGUAAUCCUUCUGUGCAAGUCAGAUCAUGAACUACAAAACGCCUGAUCUUCUAAUUUGCAACCGAGGUCAAUGAUGGCCCAGCAACGAGGUUUUCUGGUUUGGAAUCGUGGGCUGUAUAUACAUAUAUAAAAGCUUGGAUAUGUCUUGAUAGAUGUGUGUGGAAUAUUGUGAAAUAAAUAAUGUGUUUACUGGUU